CCCUGGAUCUUUGAAAGCCUUUGCCUUACUGCAGUAUCCUGGCAUCCAAAAAUUGGCCACGAAAGUCAUUCAAGAGCCCACAGACUUAGCAACCAGGAAGGAGGUUUCCAAGUUUAUGCCCAUUGUUAAGUCAAUUUUGGCGAAGCAUGACUGCUUUCCCCAUCUGAACGUAGAUGUCAUUGAUCUCAUUAAGUGUCAAGUUGAAUCCACGAUCAACCUUUAAUUGAAAGAUGGGCUGGUAAGCCGCCCGUAACAGAACGUGAAGGUGAAACCCGUUUUUCAACCCUCUCCGCACAUCUCCCUCCCCAUCGAGCACCAAGUCCCAAAUUUACUGUUGUUGUCUCUACCAAGUAUCUGUGUUUCUUUUGUAAUAAGCAAGAAGAAGGAUAAAUCAAAGAUGGACACUGGAGUCAACCGUAAUUCCUUCUCUACCAAGAGCUCGUUGGUGGUAGGAUCGGGGUAUCGUCCUUCCUACCGAUGGUCGGAUUCUGCUGGGUUGGCCGGCCUGGGUAUGCAAGAUGAUGUGUUGGACGCCAGCAUCAACUUUGGAGAUGAGAUUUCGUUCAGUCAGAGGGAAACACUCGACAAGGGGAGUGGUCAUAAGAGUAUGGUGGAUAUUUUUCUAGCUCCUGAAAGUGAAAGGGGUGGUGCUGAAAACAUCUUCGGAGCGUCAGUGGUGGGUAUGCAAGUCACAGAAAAGGGCGCCAAAUUGUCCAAGCUGCUUGCGGCCUUGUGCGUAAUUGUGGUGGUGCUUAUCAUCUUUAUCACGGUCCCCAUUGAUGGAUUCCUGUGGGGAUCAAACAGUCAAGAGGUAUCCGGCUCUGGUUCUGUUCCAGCACCCGCUACCCCAGCACCCGUUACCCCAGCACCCACUCCUUCUCCUACCUCCACUGAACCCCCUGCUACCCCCAAAGAAGAAGAAACACCAAAGGAAACGACAACCACCACCACCUCGCGACAGGUUCCCGCGAAUCGUCAUCAAGCCAUUCAUGCCUACAUUUUGGAAAAGAAGGUGACGGUCAACACGGAAGCCUUUGAUGUGCAAUUGUCACCACACUCUCAGGCGCUAGAGUGGCUGGCCAGCGAAGACACGGCGGAACUAGAUAUUCCCGAGUAUCCCGACAACACGCACAAUGUCGGGACACCCGACCAACAGGGGAUUCAACUCUUGCAACGAUACGCCCUGGCCUGUUUCUUUUUCACCAUUGAAGAGGCGUUUGUGGGGCGACGACGAUUGGGAGGAGACGCAAACGCAAACCCGACCGAGGAGGAAUCCAACAACCGCAUGCAAUUUGACAGUACGUGGACUACGGGAGCGGCAUCCGUGUGCCAAUGGUACGGAGUCACCUGCAAUGGCCAAAAGCACGUCACCAGUCUCGAUUUGUCCCAUUCCUUGCUCGUGGGUAGAUUGGUACCCGAAAUUGUUUCCCAGUUUGCACUGCCCGCCAUGACGUCGUUGGAUUUGAGCUACAAUCAGAUUGGAGGGCAGCUGCCAAGUUACGAUGAUCUGCCCCAGGCCAACACCGUACUGGAACAUGUCAAUCUACGACAGAAUCAUUUGGAAUCCACGGUGGAGAAUCUGCCGCAUCAGUUGGAGGCGUUGACCUUUCUGGAUCUGACUGCCAACAAAUUCUUUGGAACACUGCCGGAUGACGAAGACUGGGCUCUCUUGGAUAAAUUAGUCACUCUCAAAAUGGCAGGAAACAAUCUACACGGGCCCCUGCCCCCUGGCAUGGGUGCCUUGUCUAAUGUGGAAUGGUUCCAAUUAGACGGCAAUGCGUUGACGGGAACCAUACCCACUCAAUGGUCCACCAUGACGAGUUUACACACUCUCAAAUUGGCGCACAAUCAGAUUCAAGGGAACCUGCCGGGAUUUUUGGCAGACUUGCCACUGGUCCAUGUGUCCUUGCAAGACAAUCGUAUAGACGGACAAGUACCUUCGUCCUUUGCGAGUCUAACAACCCUCGAAGAUAUGCACUUGCAAAUGAACCAUCUUGCUGGUGCCAUGCCAAGUCAAGUAUGUGAUCUAAUGGAAAAUGGCUCCUUGGAAAAGCUGACUGCCGAUUGCAAAGCUCCCAAGGUUGAAUGCUCCUGUUGCACCGUGUGUUAUUAGUUUCUUUGGCGGCAUUCUAUUGCGUCGAUGCUCUGACGUGCUAGCAUUCAUGAAACCCAAUCGGAUCAGGGGCGACCUUGUACUUUUAUUAUUUAUUCAUCUUUACAUUUCAAACUUGUCCCUAUUCAUAUACCCAGUUGACGAAAUGGUCAGCUGGGAAAGCAACCAGUUUCCAAACAUUUACUGUGGAUGCC